GGGAGUGCCGAGCAGCUGAAGCACAAGCACGCGCAGUUGUUGAAUUUGAGCCUCAAGCGGACUCAGCGGCAUCAUUCUGGCAUUUGCGCGUUUACGUUCCAGGGCACGACAGCGCUGUAUUGUAUCGUGGGUUCAUUUUUUCGAACAGAUGAGGCAGAUUGCCUCGCGCUUCGAGCAGAUAUCAUGGUCUUUGUCAGCGCGCAAUUGAUAGGUUUGGCGGUUAAGUUUCACAUGGUCGUGACCGCUAGCAAGAAGCAGUCUAGAGUGAGCCGGAACGCGUUCGGCGCAGAGGUUCAGUUGCCAACGGAGCGACAUCUAGCCUAUGCUGUGAUGAAGGUACGCGAGUGGCUGGAUCGGAAA